AUGGAUCACAAGGCAUCCUUGAUUCUCACGACUCUUCUUUCACUGAUUACACUGAUUUCUGGACAGUGCCAGAAGUAUGUAUUCGAUGCUGGCAUCCCUUACGGCCAAGGUAACCCUGGUGAACUCAUCCUCGCUUCCAAUAAUGCCAUUACGUACCACAACAUGGAAGUAGUAGCACACCAAUGGACGGACAACAGACUGAGUUCGGUUCACGAUCCCGGACAAGCGAUAUAUACCUGCAGUAACACGACGGUCACGGACAUGUCGACAGUUUUCCCAGAAUUUUCCGCCAGAGUUGAGGACUGUGAGAUCAUCGUAUCAUUACUGGGUGAAAUUAACUUUUACCAUGAAGUUUGGAGUCAAGAAGACUG